GGGACCAAUACAUAUGUUAAUGAAAUAUAAGUCUCCUGAUCAGGACAAAAAUAAUAUUCAACAUUGGACGUAGAAACCUUGUUCCAACAUGGAAUUUACAAAGCAGUUUCUUUCAAAAAGUAUAUGUGGUCAUGGAGCAAACCCAAGUUAGAUAAAAGAAAACGAAAUACUAUUCUCAUCGUCAUGUGAAUGUACUUUCUUUUUUAGUCUGUCAAAAAAAAAAUAUCAUCUUGAUCACACAAAUAUAUAUCUGAGACUUGUUUUAGAUCACAAGUACGUAGGAAGGAGAAAUGAGGGAGGAAAUUCCAAGAUGGGGAAUAUCGAACCGUCACCAACCAGGUGAAAGUUUAAAUAAUCAACCGAUUGAUCUAUUAAGAUUAUGUUUUUCUUUCUUUCCGUAAAGGCCUUGUGCACACACUCUGCCAGUUUCUCUCUCUCUAUAUAAGGCCAUCAUUUAGUGAACAAACAUUCACAUACACUUCAAUAUUUUUCAAGAUGAUGCAAGAUGUUUGGACUCAGUUGGGUCCAACCAUUGCAGCAAUCAUGUUCUCCUAUACCAUGUACCAGAACUAUUUUCCUCACGAACUUCGUGGUCAUAUUAGGAGGUAUACCGAUAAAAUUGUGAGCUAUUUCUACCCUUAUAUGCACAUUAUUUUUCACGAGCAUGAAACUGAUGGAUGGUUCGAGAGGAGUAAACCUUACGUAGCAAUUGAGAGGUACCUGAGCAAGAACUCAUGCACACAAGCUAAGCGCCUCAAAGCCAACUCGGUGAAAAAUGGGGAAUCUCUUGUCCUAACCAUGGAUGAUCAUGAGGAGAUAACUGAUGAAUAUAAAGGCGAGAAGGUCUGGUGGACUUCGAGCCAAAAAGCAGCCAGCAGACAGACAAUUUCUUUGUAUAGGGAGGAUGAGAAGAGGUACUUCAAGCUCAAGCUUCACAGAAAAAAUCGCGACCUUAUCACAAAUUCAUACUUGAAGUAUGUGUUGGAUGAAGGGAAGGCGAUAUCUGUGAGAGAACGACAGAGAAAGCUGUACACAAACAAUAAGGGAGAGGCAGGUGGUUGGUAUAGAUAUGGGGGGGGGAGGAUGUGGAGCGGAGUAGUGUUUGAGCAUCCAUCUACAUUUGAUACUCUGGCUAUGGAUCCAAACAAGAAGAAAGAGAUUAUGGAUGACCUUGAAACAUUUAGCAAGUCAAAAGACUAUUAUGCAAAGAUUGGCAAGGCAUGGAAGCGCGGUUAUCUUCUUUAUGGUCCUCCAGGAACGGGUAAAUCAAGCAUGAUUGCUGCUAUGGCUAAUUUCUUGCAAUAUGAUGUCUAUGAUCUUGAACUAACAUCGGUUAAGGACAAUACCGAGCUAAGAAAAUUGCUGAUAGACACUACUAGUAAAUCUAUCAUUGUGAUUGAAGACAUAGAUUGUUCCCUUGAACUUACUGGUCAACGGGAGAAGAAUAAGACGAAAGACAAGGAAGAUAAAGAAAAAAGCGAGGAAGAUGCCGUCAAGGAGAAGUUGAAAAAAGAACUAGAGGGUAAAGAAAAGAAAAGUGAGGUAACUUUAUCUGGUCUUUUGAACUUCAUUGAUGGUCUAUGGUCCGCUAUUGGUGGUGAAAGGCUUAUUGUCUUCACCACCAACUAUGUGGAAAAGCUUGAUCCUGCUCUAAUUCGGAGGGGGAGGAUGGAUAAACAUAUUGUACUAUCCUACUGUUGCUUUGAGUCCUUCAAGGUGCUUGCACAUAAUUAUCUCAACAUUAUUGAGUCACAUGUUUACUUUCCUGAGAUUCGUCGCUUAUUGGAGGAAACUAAUAUGACUCCUGCGGAUAUUGCUGAGAAUUUGAUGCCCAAGUCUUCAAAGGAAAAUGCAGAUAUUUGCUUGGAGAGAUUGAUUAAAGCUCUUGAAACCGCAAAGGAGGAAGCAAAAUUGAAGGCUGAGGAAGAGGACAGAGCAAAGGAGGAAGCAAAAUUGAAGGCCGAGGAAGAGGAGAGAACAAAGGUGGCUGAAAAGGAGAAGGAAGAGAAAGAUCCGGAGAAAAAGAAAGAAUUAAAAGAUACUGAAGAAGCCAAGAAUGCUGAUGGUGUAAACAACAAAGAAAAUGGUGCUAAGGAAAAUGGUGAUGUGAGCAAAGAUUGAUUAGUUCACAUAUAUGAAACUGUUAGAGGUGUUUUAGCUCUAUGUUUUCUACUUUAUUAGUUGUAAUAAGUUUAUUUUAUGUUUAUUAAGCUAGUUUAAGCAUUCUAGUUAUGCAAAUGGUUUUCAUAAUAAGAAUAAUGUAUAUGUUACAUGUAUAACCAUCAGUAGCAUAUGAGAUUGAUUGCAUUUCUAAUAUGGUUCACAUGUAGCAGACUCAUAAUAAAAUAUGAUUCUUGAAGUGGUUUGACGAUUAACAAA